AAAAAAAAAAAAAGAUUUCCGCAUUUUUUUUUAAUUGUUGUUUUAGCAGAUAAUGACAAAAGAAUUGAUACCACCGCAGAACAGAGGUAUGACGGUACUUGACCGUGAUGCCUUUAAAAAAAAAUUUCAUACAUUGGCUAUUCGUGUGCCUACAGUGCUUGUGAAGAAAUACACAACGGAGCUUGAAGAUAAGUUAUUAAACGCACCACGUAUUCGUAGCGUUGUAGCGGAUGGAACAAGUAACGAUAGUAAAUUGAUUUUGUUGAGCAUGGCUGUUCAAGAUAUUGAGGUGGAGGGGUGUCAAGUUGUUCCUUAUGAGUUUGAAGUGGAUUAUGACUACUGGACAACGGAACAGAUACUGUAUUCUGUUAUGCCCGAAGGAGAUGCAGAAACGCCUUCUUCAUUUACAGCUACGGGACAUAUUGCCCAUGUAAAUUUAAAACAAGAGAACAUUCCUUUCAAGAGUCUGAUUGCACAAGUGAUUCUCGAUAAAAACAAAAAGAUCAAGAGUGUGGUAAACAAAACAAAUGCCAUUGAUAAUACGUACCGCAAUUUCCAAAUGGAGCUGUUGGCAGGGCCUGACACGAUGAUUACCGAAUUGAAAGAAAAUGAGUGCCGUUUUAAAUUUGAUUUCUCCAAAGUGUACUGGAAUUCCAGAUUGCAAGCAGAACAUUGCCGGUUAGUCCGGAUGUUUAAAAAAGGGGAAUAUAUCUGUGAUGUGAUGGCUGGGGUUGGACCCUUUUCUAUUCCUGCAGCAAAGAAGGGUGCGUUUGUAUAUGCCAACGAUUUAAAUCCCUCUUCUUAUCAAUGGUUGUGUGAAAACAUCCGUCUUAACAAGUUAUCGCCGAAUACAAUUCACACAUACAACAUGGAUGGACGUGCGUUUAUUCGAAAGGCCAUAGCUGAGUUAUGGGCGGAUAAGCUGACCUUUCAGCACUUUGUGAUGAAUUUGCCGGCCACAGCGAUUGAGUUCCUUGAUGCUUUUAAGGGUGCCUAUUACGGAAUGGAUGUUCCAGUGGAUAAGCUUCCCAUGAUUCAUUGCUAUUGUUUCACAAAGAGCGGUGAUGCUACAGAGGAUAUCCAACAACGCGUAUGUCAAAUACUGGGAGGUCCGAUCGAUGCCGCGUUCUGCAAUAUGCAAAUGUACCAUGUCCGUACAGUUGCACCUAAAAAAGACAUGUAUUGUAUCUCAUUCCGUCUCAGUCCCGAAGUUGCUUUCCAACAAAACACUACCGGCCCGAUCUUUGUCUCUUAGUGUGGCGCAAAAUGCAGGUCGUGGUGAUUGACCCGAUUUAAUCCAGACUUGGCACGAGACCUUGUUAAAAUUGCCACCUUUUUUUUUUAUUUUUUUUAUAAU